AUGGCGAACACCAUAACUGCGAUGCUUUUGCAAGAGCCAAAAUCAGGCCCCACUGGCUACCCUUUGCAGCCUCGAUCGCCCAUGAGAAUUCUAUCUGGAAGAAGAAGUAAGAGCCCGUACUAUGAAGAACCAGUGUCGGACAGAGAGGAGUGGUGGCGAUCCACCCUCAAGGACACACCUGUUCCAGGAAGUUAUGAACUGAAAGAUUUUGUUGAGGAAUUCCAAGGAAAACCUGUGAGAACCACCUAUGGAUUUAAGAAUGCAGGAAGAAAAAGAAAUAUGGACCCAUCACGCAAUGGUGACUUAUUAAUGCCAGGACUGUACAAACAUGGAACAUCCAUUGAUCAGCUGGAUAAACAACAAGUGACAUAUAGUUUUAAGUCUUGUGACAGAUAUCACACUCCAACAGCACUUGUGGGAUACAUGGACAAGGAGUUUGUGAAGAGUCAAAUCAGUCCAAACACAUAUUACACUGGAUACCAAUAUGUGCCAAAGUUACCUUCAAAGCAUCCAGCUUUCAAGUCUCAAGAGCGCAGAUUCCCAACCAUCUACUUUAAACCAAGAGACGGUCCUCCUCCUGGACAGUACAAACUCUCAAAGGACCCAAUUUUACCAAAAGGACCAAAUGUUACAUCUCCAUUCAAGUCAAAAACUCCAAGAUUUGUCCAACCUCAUGUGCUGAAAACGCCUGGUCCUGGAACAUAUUGCAAGACAUACCAGACACCAAUGCCAGGCACAAUCAAGAAAAUGGCAAGAAAUUAUGGAUUGUUUUUUACCUCAGGGAAUUAUGGAGAAUAUUAUUAACAUAUUUGUCUUCAUAAAUUACACAUGGGAAGGACACACUGUCAGACACAAAGAAAGCUAUGCAUUGAACGUGAAGGAGAUUUAAAAAAACUACCAACCAAUACUCCUGUUGAUACACCUGUACAUUUGUAAAUUGGAAAUAGAUUAACUGGUUUUUUAAAUUGCUUUUGUUUGUUUAUUAAUAAAACUAUGUGAAAUAAAAAAUUGUUACAUGUCA